GUUUGAUCAUCCUAUAGGACAUUUUUCGACGGUGGAUUGAACUAACGGCGUUAACUGUAUUAACCGGCCACCUGUCCCGGAAAACCACCACACCGCCUACUCAUGCGACCCCCACCACCACCUACCCGCAAUACUGCACAUUUCCCCCUCUCCGUCCCCUGCAAUGGAGUCUUGCUCUCACGGCCGUCGCGCUCUCCCUAGGCAUCUCCCUGCACGGCUGCGUGCCUACGGGCGCAGCGACGGGCAGCGACCCAGGUGCAGGGAUGGCUGCCGCUGAUGGCGCCGUCGAAGGAAAUCAUGGGCACGGAGGGGCCUGGCCGGCGGCGGGGAUUUGGAGAAGAGGCGACGUCCUACCAGUUGAUCAAAGUCCAGAAGAAGGAUUUGCAUAUCUGGAUGCUCGAUCUGGAAUUUCCUUUGGAAAGUCCAGAAGAAGGAUUUGCAUAUCUGGAUGUCAGAUCAAAGUCCUCAUGCGCACCAAGGUCGAUCCCGCCAUCGUCCCUAUGUAUCCAGCACCUCGACGCGCGGCUCGUCGAUGUGGUGCUCUGGUACGGCGGUUUGGUGCUCUGGUACGGCGGCGGCGGCGGCUUGGGAUUGUGGAGCUGGCAGAGGAGAUGCGGCAUCGCUGGGAAGGGGUCCGGGCGGCGACGACCGGGGGUGCUUGAGAUGCGGUCUCAAGGUCAACAGCUGCGCACAUCGGAUUUCAUGGUGGCCACGCUGAAGCUAGGUGCUUGAUUUUUCUUUGCAAGUUAUUUUUCUAGAGCCUCGAUGGGAGGCAGUUUAUUAGUAUGCAUCACAAGUGUAUGCAUCACAAUUGUAAUCCACUCAACUAUCCAUAUGUAAUACUAAUUGAGUCACUUCUGUAAAUUCAGUCCAGAUAUGUAUUUCUUUGUUCACUCA